AAUCCCCCGAUCGCUACCCCCGCUCCUACCACCACCCCGGGGGCGGCGCUGGGGUCGUGCGCGGCGGCGGCGCUGUUCCUGGUGGUGGUGGCGGCGGGGGCGGCGGCGGCGGUCUUCGUCGUGUUCCGGCCGCGGGAGCCGACGAUCGCGGUGGCGGCGAUCCGGCUCCCGGGCUACGCGGCGGCGAACGGGACGGCGCGCUUCACCUUCGCGCAGUACGCGGCGGUGCGCAACCCCAACCGCGCCGCCUUCUCCCACUACGACAGCUCCAUCCGCCUCGUCUACGCCGGCGGCCGCCGCCAGGCCGGCUUCAUGUUCAUCCCCGCCGGCCUCAUCCCCGCCGGCCGCACCCAGUACAUGGCCGCCUCCUUCGCCGUCGACGCCCUCCCCCUCCCCCACGGCUUCGACCUCGCCGCGUCCGAGACCCGCCCCCCCGUCGGCGUCAACAUCACGCGGGUGCUCGUCGACGCGCGCGGCUUCAACGUCGCCGCGUCCAUGCUCGAGGCGUCCGGGGUCGCCGCCGAGUUCGAGGGCGACGAGGGCGGGGCCGGGAUCACGGUCUUCGUGCCCACCGACGACGCCUUCGCCGGGCUCCCCGCCACGUGGCGGCUCCAGUCGCUCCCGGCGCAGGAGAAGGCCGUGGUGCUCCGCUUCCACGUGCUCCACUCCUACUACCCGCUCGGCUCGCUCGAGUCCAUCGUCAACCCGGUCCAGCCCACGCUCGCCACCGAGGACACCGGCGCGGGCCGCUUCACCCUCAACAUCACCCGCGUCAACGGCUCCGUCGCCAUCGACACCGGCAUCGUCCAGGCCUCCAUCACCAGGACGGUGUUCGACCAGAACCCCGUCGCCGUCUUCGCCGUCUCUAGGGUUUUGCUCCCCAGGGAGAUCUUCGGAGGGGGAGGGAACGCGGCGGCCGGGGGGGGAGGGCCGGGGCCGGGGGCGGCGCCGCCGCCGNCGGUCGUCGAGGUGGAGUCGCGGAUGCGGGUCAAGGGCCGGGUCGCCGUGCUGCGCUUCUUCACCCACCACGUCGAGACCGAGUCCGCCUGCCGCGUCGGCGUCUCCACCGCCGACGGCUCCGUCGUCGGCUUCCGCUGCUGACUCCAGAUUCCAGAUCCAGAUCCAAAUGUUCGAAUCUCUCUCGCGUAAGCAUAAACCAAUCAAGUUUACUAAGCCUAGAAAUUUCGAUCUGCAUUUUGAUUUGAAAUAUCACCCAUGACCUAACUAAACUAAUACUCGUGCUCUUUAAUUAUAAAUUUGAUUUAUGAUCGAAAUGGAGUAGAAUAGGUGUGUGAUAUAUGGGAGGGGAAAAAAUUACAUAUGUCAUUUCUUUGUUUUCUUUUUUUUUUUUCCCCCCUUUUUUAGGGAGGGGGGUAAUUAUUAUGGUAUGGAAUUGUGUGGUAGAUUUGUUUUAGGUAAAAUAUGAAUUUGAUGACUCUCUUAAGUUGGGGGAGGUUAAAGUAGAUUUUCGAAACUAUAUACCUUUUCAAUUGAUAUUUCUUGAUUUUGCGUUGGUUUCACCUCCAUUUCUAUUGUGUAACAUGUUAUUAUUAACUAUUGUGCUUGUAAAAACAGUAAUGACGUUAAUAUUUCAACUAUAAAUGUUAUUUGUCCAUA